GUAAGCCGCAACGGCCCCUGGUCAUUUUACAGUAGCGAAGAAGUUUUAAACGAUGUCACGAGGUGGCAGCACCUGAGCAUCGGUUCUCGCUAAUCCGGCCGCCAGGCCAAAUCCACUUUUUAUGAAAAAUCCAAGAUGUCAGCGCCCAUGGAAAAAAAACCCGGCUUUAAAAACAAAUCUUUCACCCCCAAAUUCUGGAAACCUGGCACCCCUGCUCCAAGUGAACGGUUAUCAGAGGAAAGGAUUUCAAAUGAUACAUCUCAAGAAGGGAGUGGGUCAGCCAUCAUCCACAAUCCCAAUGCCUCGUUAUCAGUGGAACAACAGCGGCAAAGGUUACCUGUCUUCAAUCAUCGAAACAACAUCUUGUACCUGCUGGAGAAAUACUCGACUGUUGUCAUCGUGGGAGAAACAGGAUGUGGCAAGAGUACCCAGAUUCCCCAGUAUCUAUUAGAAGCUGGAUGGGCAGCCGAGAAAUGGAAGAUAGGUGUGACCCAACCACGACGGGUUGCUGUUGUCACGGUUGCAAAUCGUGUUGCUGAGGAGCGAGGAGUCAUUCUUGGUGACGAGGUUGGAUAUGCCAUCCGCUUUGAUGACUGUUGGGAUGAACAAAAAACAAAAAUCAAAUUUAUGACGGACGGUUUACUGGUAAGAGAAAUGAUGAAGGAUCCGUUGCUGUCAAAAUACAGUGUUGUGAUGCUGGAUGAAGCCCAUGAACGUACACUUCAUACAGAUAUCAUCAUUGGACUUUUGAAGAAGAUCCAGAAGAAACGAGAAGAUUUGAGAUUGAUUGUUGCGUCUGCUACGCUUGAUGCGGAGGCUUUCUGUGACUUCUUCAAUCAGAACAACACAAAAGACAGGAGUAAAGACACGGCAGUGAUAUUCAGCAUCGAAGGCAGGAUGUACCCAGUCGAUGUCCACUAUUCUUUAGAUCCCCUUCCUAACUACCUGACUGCUAUGGUUGAGACGAUUGUAAAGAUACACAAGUCUGAGAAAAGUGGCGACGUGCUGGCAUUCUUGACGGGACAAGACGAGGUAGACCAUGUGGUGAGACUUCUCAUAGAACAUGCAAAGAAGAUCCCAAAGAAUGAAGAAAAGAUGAAAAUAUUACCAAUGUAUGGUGGACUCCCUUCAUCAGAACAGUUCAAGGUAUUUGAAAGAACGCCGAGGUUUACCAGGAAGAUAGUAGUGGCUACAAACAUUGCAGAGGCUUCAAUCACCAUCAAUGGCAUUGUUUAUGUGGUGGAUUGUGGUUUUGUGAAGUUAAAAGCAUUUAAUGCCAAGACUGGCACAGAAUCGUUGGUGAUUGUGCCGACAUCACAGGCAUCAGCUGAACAGAGGGCUGGAAGAGCUGGCAGGAUACGAUCAGGGAAAGCUUACAGGUUAUAUACAGAAUCUGACUAUGAGACACUGGCAGCCAACACGAUCCCCGAGAUGCAGAGGACAAGCUUAGCACCCGUCAUCCUCCAACUGAAGGCUCUUGGGAUUGAUAACGUGCUGCGGUUUAGUUUCCUCUCACCUCCUCCUGCCCAGAAUAUGGUCCGUGGUCUAGAGCUUCUCUAUGCUCUCGGUGCUCUGGAUGACGGUGCUCGCCUGACAUCGACUCUUGGGUUAAAGAUGGCAGAGCUGCCAUUACCACCAAUGUUCAGUAAGAUGUUACUCGCCUCGGGUGAGUUUGGUUGUUCUGAAGAAGCCAUUACGAUAGCUGCCAUGAUGCAAAUACAAAAUGUGUUUUUCACUCCGUCCAAUCAGAAAGUAGCUUCGAAUCGUGCCAAGCGGAAGUUUUCUGUCGAGGAGGGCGAUCACAUGACCAUGCUUAACGUUUACAAUGCAUUCAUCAAGUAUAAGAAGAAUGCACAGUGGUGUCAUGAGAAUUACCUCAACUUUAAGGGCCUAACGAGGGCGACGGAGAUCAGACAACAGCUGGUCACAUUGAUGAAGAGGGCUGAUGUUCCAUUAGUCUCCUGUGGAGAUGAUGUCACUACAAUACGACGGUGUAUCACAGCGGGAUUCUUCCCCAAUGCUGCCAGACUACAUUACACAGGUGAAUACCUGACUGUCAGGGAUGAACACACUCUCACAAUCCAUCCUACUUCGGUGCUAUAUGCAGUUGAUCCCCCAAAGUGGGUCGUAUUUGGUGAAGUGAUUCAAACAAGCAAGGAAUUCAUGCGAGACAUCACCGUGAUCGAAUCCUCGUGGCUGUAUGAACUCGCUCCUCACUUCUAUAACUUUGGGACGGACAGGGAAGUCGCAGUCAAAAGGGCUAAACUGGCAUAAACCAAGCCAACUUAAACAGCUGAGCACUCGCUCUAAACAAUCCUUGUUUAUGGGACUUUUAACAAAAAGGAAGAGGCAGCGAGUUACCAGGGAUAAGGGAGCAAUAGGGACUUUGCACAUAUGUGCCAUUUUUCAUUUUUGUA